AUGCCCAACAUGUCUGUCAGAACCCUGCGAAUCGGUCUCAUCCCCGGUGACGGCAUCGGUAAGGAGGUCAUCCCCGCCGGUCGCCGCAUCCUCGAGGCCCUCCCCUCCUACCUUGGCCUCAAGUUCGAGUUCACCGACCUCAAGGCCGGCUUCGAGACGUUCGAGCAGACCGGCGCCGCCCUCCCUGACAAGACGGUCGAGAUCCUCAAGAAGGAGUGCGAUGGCGCCCUUUUCGGCGCCGUCUCCUCCCCGACCAACGCCGUCAAGGGCUACUCCUCCCCCAUCGUCGCCCUCCGCAAGAAGCUCGACCUCUACGCCAACGUCCGCCCCGUCAAGACCGUCCUGACCGCCGCCAAGCCCAUCGACAUGGUUAUCGUCCGCGAGAACACCGAGGACCUGUACGUCAAGGAGGAGAAGACCUACGACGGCCCCAACGGCAAGGUCGCCGAGGCCAUCAAGCGCAUCAGCGAGCGCGCCUCCCACCGCAUCGCCGCCAUGGCCGGCGACAUUGCCCUGCGCCGCCAGAAGAUCCGCGACGCUGGCGCCGCCAGCAUCCACAAGUCCCCUCUCGUCACCAUCACCCACAAGUCCAACGUCCUCUCCCAGACCGACGGUCUCUUCCGCGCCACCUCCAAGCUUGCCCUCUCCGACCCCCGCUUCGCCUCCGUCGCCGUCGAGGAGCAGAUCGUCGACUCCAUGGUCUACAAGCUCUUCCGCCAGCCCGAGGACUACGACGUCAUCGUCGCCCCCAACCUGUACGGUGACAUCCUCUCCGACGGCGCCGCCGCCCUCGUCGGCUCCCUCGGACUCGUCCCCAGUGCCAACGUUGGCGAGGGUUUUGCUAUCGGCGAGCCCUGCCACGGCAGCGCCCCGGACAUCCAGGGCCAGAACAUCGCCAACCCCAUCGCCACCCUCCGCAGCGCCGCCCUCAUGCUCGAGUUCCUCAACGAGGAGACCGCUGCCGCCAAGAUCUACGCCGCCGUCGACGCCAACCUCGAGGAGGGCAGGCUCCUCAGCCCCGACCUGGGCGGUACCGCCAAGACCGACGAGGUUGUCGAGGACAUCCUCCGCAGACUCUAG